CUUCACUCGCCAACCGGAAUAGAAAGCACCAACUGAGGAUGCUGUGGUAGAUACGUACCUAUUUUAUGUUUUUUUGAAACUUAUUUCCGUUCAUUCAAAUGGUAUUUUUUUUCUGUAAAACAUAGACGCCUUUAACCUGAAUAAGUUAUAUCACCAAUACGAAUGUCACCUUGCGAACAGGUGUCUUGUUGGAUGACAGAGUACUCAUCUGUCUGGAGAAGUGAUCGGGAAGAGCUACAUUCGAACUUGAAGAUCGGAUUUUAGAAAUAAUGGAUGAUGCGAAUUGACUAAGGUUCAUAAGUAGCUGACAUGUACAAACAUCUAUUUAUUUCAAGGUCAUUUGAUUUCUUCUAAUGCACUAAGCGGUCGUUUGGGGAGAAGUGUCUCGGAUUGACUCUAGUAGGCUACUAUCAAGUUAAGGAGCUUUUCCAGGUACAAUCGCGGUCUCUUCCCCGUAUCAUGAUGAAUUGUCUGUGAGCCUCACUGUGCAGCAGGUAGCUGAGCGAAUGCAGCAAAAACACACGCUUUCACUCUUCAGUGAUGAAUGACAGCUCUCCAACAUCUGAGAACAUCAUGUUUCACCAGCUGACUGCAGAUGCUCUGAACGGUAGCUGUGACUACACCUUGCCCACGUGUAACAAUAGCGCAGGUGAAGCGGCGUUGCAGCUGCCCACUUUUUCCAUGGCGGCAAAAGUGAGGGUGAUAAUUACCUUCACUCUUUGUGCAGUGUCAGCUGUGUGCAACCUCUCCGUGCUGUGGGCUGCCAGCACCAACAACAAGCGCAAGUCUCACGUAAGAAUUUUAAUCAUGAACCUCACCGUCGCCGACCUGCUGGUGACUUUCAUCGUGAUGCCAGUGGAUGCGGCUUGGAACAUCACGGUUCAGUGGUUGGCGGGGGAUCUGGCUUGCAGAUUGCUAAUGUUUCUGAAGCUUGUGGCGAUGUACUCCUGCGCGUUCGUGACUGUGGUCAUAAGCCUGGACAGGCAGUCGGCCAUUCUCAACCCUCUGGCCAUCAAUAAGGCUAAGAAGAAGAACAAAAUAAUGCUGAGCGUGGCCUGGGUGAUGAGUGUUGUUCUCUCUGUCCCUCAGAUGUUCCUGUUUCACAAUGUGACCAUCACGGUACCAGCCAAUUUCACUCAGUGCACCACACGAGGGAGCUUUGUCAAACACUGGCAGGAGACCAUCUACAAUAUGUUUACUUUCAUUUGCCUCUUCCUGAUACCUCUGGCCAUCAUGAUCUGCUGUUACACAAGGAUCUUGGUGGAGAUCUCUCGAAGGAUGACCAAAGGAAACAUAUCGUCAAAGGAAGUCCACUUACGGCGUUCAAACAGCAACAUCCCAAAGGCCCGUAUGAGGACUUUGAAAAUGAGCAUAGUCAUAGUGACCUCUUUCAUAGUUUGCUGGACUCCAUACUAUUUGCUGGGUCUUUGGUACUGGUUCCUGCCUGAGGAUUUAGAAGAGACAGUUUCUCACCACUUACUCACAUACUGUUUAUUUUGGACUCUUUAA